CCGGUUCGGGGGGUCCCCGGGCUCGGCCCCCGAACGCCCCUCUCUUCCGUUCUCCAUGUCAUUUCCUGUGCUAAUAAGAUGGUGGUCACGGCCGGGAGGGAGGGAGCCGCCGCCGCCUCCGCCGAGCCCGGCCCGGCCCCGGGACCCGUCCUCGCCUGCGACUAGCGAGCGGGGCCGGCGGGGAGGCAGCGCGCAGCCAGCCGGGCCCCCCGGGCGGAGCGGGUCCCCGGACGCCGAGGCGGGGCCCCCCGCGCCCGCAGCGCCGAGAACAUGAGUGAAAACUUGAAGGACUGCUUGAACCAGACCCAGGCUUCCUUAGGAGAGAUGGUGACAAUAAAAACAGAGGCCUGCUCUCCGCACCAGGACCAGGAGUAUGGACAGCCUUGCUCUGGAAGGCCCGAUCCACAGUCCAUGGAUGUGGAGCCCAAGAAACUGAAAGGGAAACGGGAUUUGAUCAUGACCAAGAGUUUCCAGCAAGUGGAUUUCUGGUUCUGCGAGUCCUGCCAGGAGUACUUUGUGGAUGAGUGCCCCAACCACGGCCCCCCUGUGUUCGUCUCUGACACGCCAGUGCCUGUUGGCAUCCCUGACCGGGCAGCACUGACCAUCCCGCCUGGCAUAGAGGUGGUGAAAGAGCCCAGUGGGGAGAACGACGUGCGCUGCAUGAAUGAGGUGAUCCCCAAAGGUCAUAUCUUCGGGCCGUACGAGGGGCAGAUCUCUAGCCAGGACAAGUCCGCAGGAUUCUUCUCGUGGCUGAUAGUUGAUAAGAACAACCGCUACAAAUCCAUCGAUGGGACAGAUGAAACCAAAGCAAACUGGAUGAGGUACGUGAUCAUAUCCCGGGAGGAGAGGGAGCAGAACCUGAUGGCCUUCCAGCACAGUGAGAGGAUUUACUUCCGUGCCUGUCGUGACAUCCGGCCUGGGGAGAAGCUGCGGGUCUGGUACAGUGAGGAUUACAUGAAGCGGCUGCAUAGUAUGUCCCAGGAGACCAUCAACAGAAAUCUCACAACAGGAGACAAAAAGUUACAGAAGGAAAAGUCAGAAAAGAAUACAGAUAAUCAAGAGGAGACAAGGGGUCCACUCCACUUUGCCAUGUUAAAGCAAGGGAAGAGCCCCUACAAGCGCAGCUAUGACGAGGGGGAAUCCCACCCCCAAACAAAGAAAAAAAAGAUUGACCUCAUCUUCAAAGAUGUCCUGGAGGCUUCUUUGGAGUCUGCCAAAUUUGAAGAGAAACAGUUAGCAACAAGUACACCACUUUCCACAAGAGCAGCGUCUAAAUACCAGGCUGAAGAGAUCUUUGAGAGGUGUAGCAGUGCCAUGCAGCAUGGCUCCCUAAACCUCAGCAGAAACCGAAGCGAAGAGGAGUGGAAGGCCCCUCAUGGUUCCUCUUUGAGUUCUGCCAAAGAAGUGGGAGUCCUUGAAGACGAGGAAGAAGAACCUCUGUCUCUGAAAGCAGACAGCCCUACCGAGCUGUCACUGGCUUCUGCAGAAGGCAACUCCCAUGAAAUUCCUACCACCUCUUUCUGCCCCAAUUGCAUCCGGUUGAAGAAGAAAAUCCGAGAGCUACAGGCUGAGUUAGACAUGCUGAGAUCUGGGAAGUUACCUGAGCCAUCGGUGCUACCACCCCAGGUACCUGAGCUCCAAGAGUUCUCAGACCCCACAGCUUCAGAAAGCAUCAUCUCUGUUCCCACCAUCAUGGAGGAUGAUGACCAGGAGGUGGAUUCUGCUGAUGAAUCUGUUUCCAAUGAAAUGAUUGCUGCUACAGACGAGCCUUCCAAGAUGUCUUCUGCGACGGGACGGAGGAUACGGCGGUUUAAGCAAGAGUGGCUUAAGAAGUUUUGGUUUCUGCGGUACUCCCCAACAUUGAAUGAAAUGUGGUGCCAUGUCUGCAGGCAGUACACAGUGCAAUCCUCUCGGACUUCAGCUUUCAUCAUUGGCUCAAAGCAGUUUAAGAUACACACAAUAAAACUUCAUAGCCAGAGCAACCUCCACAAGAAGUGCCUGCAGCUUUACAAGCUCAGAAUGCACCCAGAGAAGACAGAAGAGAUGUGCCGAAAUAUGACUUUGCUCUUCAAUACAGCCUACCACUUGGCACUGGAGGGCAGGCCCUACUAUGACUUUCGGCCUCUGGCAGAACUAUUGAGAAAGUGUGAACUCAAGGUGGUGGAUCAAUACAUGAAUGAAGGAGAUUGCCAAAUCUUAAUCCACCAUAUUGCCCGGGCUCUUCGGGAGGAUCUUGUCGAACGCAUCCGACAGUCUCCCUUCCUCAGCAUCAUUCUGGAUGGGCAGAGUGAUGAUGUGCUUGCUGACACAGUUGCAGUGUAUGUACAGUACACAAGCAGUGAUGGGCCUCCAGCAACCGAAUUCCUGUCUCUUCAGGAGCUGGGCUUUUCUACAACAGACAGUUACCUCCAAGCAUUAGACAGGGCCUUUUCCAGCCUGGGAAUUCGACUGCAGGAUGAGAAGCCAACUAUUGGCUUGGGAGUUGAUGGUGCUAAUAUUACCGCCAGCCUGAGAGCAAACUUGUUCAUGACAAUCAGAAAGACUUUGCCAUGGCUUCUCUGCUUGCCUUUUAUGGUACACAGACCCCAUUUGGAGAUUUUGGAUGCAAUCAGUGGGAAAGAACUGCCAUGCCUGGAGGAGCUGGAAAACAAUCUGAAGCAGCUGCUCAGUUUCUAUCGUUACUCUCCCCGACUCAUGUGCGAGUUGAGGGUCACUGCUUCCACCCUGUGUGAGGAGACUGAGUUCUUGGGUGACAUUCGAGCAGUGAAGUGGAUCAUUGGGGAGCAGAAUGUGCUCAAUGCUCUUAUCAAGGAUUAUCUUGAGGUUGUGGCCCAUCUCAAGGAUGUCAGUGGCCAGACCCAAAGGGCAGACGCUUCUGCAAUUGCCUUGGCCCUCCUGCAGUUCCUGAUGGACUACCAGUCAAUUAAACUUAUCUACUUCCUGCUGGAUGUGAUUGCCGUACUUUCACGCCUUGCCUACGUCUUCCAAGGGGAGUACCUUCUUGUGUCGCAAGUGGAUGAUAAAAUAGAGGAAGCUAUUCAGGAGAUAAGUCGGCUAGCAGACUCACCAGGAGAGUACCUGCAGGAAUUUGAGGAAAACUUCCGUGAAAGCUUUAAUGGCAUUGCUGUGAAAAACCUGCGGGUGGCUGAAGCCAAAUUCCAGUCAAUCAGAGAAAAGAUCUGCCAGAAGACCCAGGUGAUCCUAGCCCAAAGGUUUGAUUCCCGUAGCCGGACUUUUGUGAAAGCCUGUCAGGUAUUUGACCUUGCAGCUUGGCCCAGAAGCACUGAUGAGCUCAUGAGCUAUGGGAAGGAGGAUAUGGUACAAAUAUUUGAACACCUGGAGACGGUCCCAUCAUUUUCCAGAGAGGUUUGCAGAGAGGGAAUGGACACCCAAGGGAGUUUGCUGAUGGAGUGGCGAGAACUCAAGGUGGAUUAUUAUACCAAAAAUGGUUUUAAAGACUUACUCAGUCACAUUUGUAAAUACAAACAGAGAUUCCCUCUCUUAAAUAAAAUAGUUCAGAUCCUCAAAGUCCUUCCCACCUCAUCGGCCUGCUGUGAGAAGGGGCGCAAUGCCCUGCAGAGAGUGCGCAAAAAUAACCGCUCUCGGCUCACACUGGAGCAACUCAGUGACCUGCUGACGAUUGCUGUCAACGGGCCACCCAUUGCCAACUUUGAUUGCAAGCGGGCACUAGAUAGCUGGUUCGAGGAAAAGUCAGGCAAUAGUUACGCACUGUCAGCUGAAAUGCUGAGCAGGAUGUCAUCUCUUGAUCAGAAGCCGAUGUUGCAGAGUGUGGACCAUGGCUCUGAGUUUUACCCCGAUAUUUAGGAAGGAAUGCCUCAGAUCAGAAAGCUGUUGAAUAAUUUUUUUUUUA